AUGCGAGACACCUCGUACUCAUGGUCGACAAAUAUAGCCGGACGAAAGCGUUGGCGCUUCUUUGCACCAGCUGAUGCAGCGCUUCUUCGCCGAUUUCCUGAGCAGCGUACGUCUGAGCUUGCAAGCACUUUCAAAGAUAUGGAGCGGCGACGCGCGCUUGGCGAGCUUGGCGCAUUUUGUGAUGGUUUUAGCGGGUGGCCUGGAUGGGAGCAAGCACGUCUACGAGUUUACGUCAUUGAACAAGAACUCAAUCAUAAUUGGUGUAAUGCUUACAAUCUAAGAAGCAUGUAUAUUGCGAUGGAGAACGAAGUGCGUGUAACAUAG